ACUGGCAGUGAGAGCAGUGUGGACCGGCUCAUGAAGCAGAUCUCCACUUUCAUGUCAGAGAUCUCUGACGAGUUCAAGAUAGUCGUUGUGGAAGCCAUAAGGUCCCUGUGCAUCAAGUUUCCCCGCAAGCACGGUGUGAUGAUGAGCUUUCUGGCCUCCAUGCUGCGAGAGGAGGGCGGCCAUGAUUACAAAAAGGCCAUCGUGGACACCCUAAUCCAUAUUGUGGAGGAGAUCCCUGAGGCCAAAGAAAUUGGACUCUCUCAUCUGUGUGAGUUUAUAGAAGACUGUGAGCACACCAGCCUGGCCACACGUAUUUUGCACCUGUUAGGACGCGAGGGUCCUCGUACCCCGCAACCUUCCAAGUACAUCCGCUACAUCUACAACCGCGUUAUCUUGGAGAACUCACCAGUGAGAGCAGCUGCUGUGACUGCCCUGGCAAAGUUUGGUGCUCACUGCGAGGAGCUGCUACCCAGCAUCCUGGUCCUGUUACAGAGAUCUCUCCUAGAUGUGGAUGACGAGGUGCGAGAUCGAGCCACCUUCUAUCUGAACAUCCUGCAGGAGCAGCAGAAAGCUCUCAACUCUGCCUACAUUCUGAAUGGUCUCCAAGUAUCUAUCGUUGGAUUGGAGCGUGCCCUGCACAGCUACACCAUGGAACCGUCAGACAAACCGUUUGACAUGAAGACUGUACCCAUUGUGGCCCAGCCUAUGGCAGAACAGAAACCUGCAGCUGGAGCAAUCCCCGGGGAAGCAGGGGGCGGGGGGUCAAGACCAGCAGAGAAAGUGGCCGCAUCCAGACAGGAUGUCUAUGCAGAACAACUGGCGGCCAUUCCAGAGUUCAGCACCUUGGGUCCGUUGUUCAAAUCAUCCAACCUUCCCGUGGAACUCACCGAGAGCGAGACUGAGUACAUGGUUCACUGUGUCAAACACAUGUUCCAGAAUUAUAUUGUACUUCAGUUUGACUGUACCAACACCCUAAAUGACCAGCAGCUGGAGAAGGUCAUUGUCCAGAUGGAGCCGUCCGAGGGCUUCGAGGUGGUCAGUUACAUCCCAGCCCCU